GAGUGGGGUCUUUUUUUUGUUUUCCCGUAUCCGCCAUUUCAGUUUUUGAAGUUAGUUGUCAUCGGUCGCUGGAUUGUGGCUGGAAUUCUGCCGCUCAAACGCAUUUGUGUGAUAAUUAGAGCUCACUUCCGGCCACAAACCAAACGAGAGUCGUUUUUGUCCCCCGGCUGUGGCGCUAUAUCGGCGGAUUGAUGUCCAGACGGAUAGCCGCGGAUGUCGCCUGUUUACUAAACGUGCUCUAGGCGCUAAAGUUUUUGUAUGAGUUGAAGGCUUCGCUUGUGGAUAACGGGAGGGAGAGAAGGGAAGGCCCGGUGAAAGCCUCGGCUUUGGAGUGGUUAUCAUGGCCGGAAAUUUUGACGCGGAGGACCGCGGCAGCUGGUACUGGGGUCGGUUGAGCAGGCAGGAGGCUGUGUCUCUGCUGCAGGGGCAGAGGCACGGCGUGUUUCUGGUCCGGGACUCCAUCACCAGCCCCGGCGACUACGUGCUCUCGGUAUCAGAGAACUCCAAAGUCUCGCAUUACAUAAUUAACAGCAUCAGCAACAACCGACAAUCCGGUCCAGGUUUGGCCCUUCCGAGGUUCCGCAUCGGUGACCAGGAGUUUGACGCUCUCCCUGCUUUGCUAGAGUUCUAUAAAAUCCACUACUUGGACACCACCACCUUAAUAGAACCCAUCAACAAGUCCAAACACACCUCCUUCAUCAGCGUCGGCCCCGGCGGAGCUCCACCACCUCGCCUCGAAGACGAGUACGUCCGGGCGCUUUUUGAUUUCCCCGGCAACGACGAGGAGGAUCUCCCGUUUAGGAAGGGCGACAUCCUCCGGGUUCUCGAGAAGCCGGAGGAGCAGUGGUGGAACGCCCAGAACACUGAAGGCCGGGCGGGGAUGAUCCCUGUGCCGUAUGUUGAGAAGUACCGACCGGCGUCUCCGGGUUCUGUGGCGGGGUCCGGGGUGCCUGGGGGGCCGCCGGGAGGAAUGGGGAUGUUAGGGAACUCUGAUGGCUCUGCAGCCCAGCCCGGCGCUCCGCUGCUAGGAGACCCCAGCCAGUACGCGCAGCCCACCCCUCUCCCAAAUCUCCAGAACGGACCUGUCUUUGCCAGGGCCAUACAGAAGAGGGUGCCCAAUGCCUACGACAAGACUGCCUUGGCCUUAGAGGUGGGCGACAUGGUGAAGGUGACCAAAAUAAACGUGAACGGCCAGUGGGAGGGCGAAUGUAAAGGCAAACGUGGCCACUUUCCCUUCACACACGUCAAACUGCUGGACCAGCACAACGCCGAGGAUGAACUCAGCUGAGAGCGGACGGCCACGCCGCAACCUGGACACUAGUAUUAGAUCCUUCCUCACCCCUCCCUUCCUUCCCGUUCCCCACACACACACUCACCCGCUCCCCCUCCCUCACAUCUGCUCCAGCUUUUACCUGCACCAAGUACAGUUUGAGAGAAUCGGCAACAGGCCCUCGUAACACACACACACCCCCUCCAUUUCUCUGAAUAAUCAUGCCCGCCCUUCUCCACCACUGACUCGUCGUAACAAAAAAAAAAAAAAGUGGUCACAUACUCUACAGCAGAGCUGUAAGCUGAAUCUCCGGUUCCAUGAAUGUAGCAACACCCUUUUCGAUUCCUCCCCUCGUCACGUCUCUCUGCUGCGGACACGUUAUCAAUGCUCACUCCUCAGGAGGCUCCUCACCGCAGAGUUCAACCACUUCCUCUUCCUGUGUUGGAGCCAGUAGAUAACUGCUCGGCGCUGUCAUUUUUCAUCCUCGCCUCCUCCCGUCACCAUGGUUACAGCGCCUCAUGCUGCAUUCAUGUCAAAUAGGAAUACAAAUAGGAAGAGUAACAACAGUUUUCAUGUGUUUUGUUUUAAGAACUUUGUUUAAAGGAAUAGUUUAAUAGACAUUUUCUUGGAAAUAUGUUUAUUCAGUCUCUUGCCAAGAGUUACAUGAGAAGUUUGGCACCACUUUAAUGUCUGUACUGUAAAUAUGAAGGCACUACCAGCAGUUGUUUAGCUUGGCUUUGCAUAAAGACUGGAAGCAGGGGGAAACGGCUAGCGUACUCUGUGGGAAUCCACCUAUGAGCACCGUUUCAAGCUCACUAAUCAAACAUCGCAUCUUGUUUGUUUUAAGCUGCAAAAAACAAAGUUCAGGAUGACAGUUUGGUUAUCAAGUUGCCAGGCAACCAGCAGGUAAUCUAGGAGGUCACUGCACCCACGCAAAAAAAUAGUCCCCCGUAACGGUAACCGCAAUCUGUAACUAUCUGAUAGUAAAAAAUAAAGUUACAUUUGGACAGAGCCAGGCUAGCAGUUUCCCCCCUUUCUUCCAGGCCUUAUGCUAAGCUAAGCUACCCGGCGGCAGCUCCAUAUUUAGCUAACAAACAGGAGAACCGUAUGGCUCUUCAUCAUGUUGGCAAGAAAGCAAACAAGCGUGUUUCGCAGCUAUUCUUUUAAUCCUGAUCAGUUUGUUUCACACUUCCAGUACGGCCAUGUGGUGAGUGAUAUGUUUAGAAAAUCACAGUUUCAAUACCUGCCACAGAAAUGAUCCAGAUGUUUGCUCAAAGCUGCCAUGAUAUGCAGCAUCAUAGUUCUCUACAUUUCACUCCUGUUUGUCUGAACUGGUGUCCUGUUGGUAGUGAUGUCUUCAAGACACACAGGAGCCCUGACUAAUAUUUUAAUUCUAAAAAUAUUGUUGAAGGAUCUUUUGCGUUCAUUUUUAGUUUAGAAGUGUGUAUCUACCAUUGUUCUUAUUGGACAUGAAUGCAGCAUUAGCGUGAGAUCUGCACAUUUAAUCACUGAAAGAAAUGAAAGCGCUGAGUCAACUGGAGGUGUACAGCCCACCAUAUAUGAAACGGAGAGCAGAGAACCAGCAGCUUGGAGCGACUUCACGUAGUUCUAGAUCUAGUCAUAGAGCAGGCCCCAGCAGUGAACCUGAGAAACUUCAAAACGAUUGUUGAGAGGGGGGGGGGUGAAGGCAACACUACAUUCAACCUCUCCACGCCUCCCACCUUGGCUCACCUCAGCCACCCAUUUACUACGACCAAGUACCACCAAGUAGUCUUUUGUAAGAAAAAAAAAAAAAAAGAACAUAUUGUUAUGAAAUGAUGUACUAUGUGAUUAUCAUUACAUGCUAAGAUAUUGUUUUUUUGUUAUCUUCUUCAUAGCUGAUUUAUUUUUGUCUGGGAGGAAACAGUUUGGAUGUACACUUUUACUGCUGCAUGUUGGGAGGGAGGGAGCGAUGGGUCACUGGUGGAAAAAUGGAUAAACUGACUGGAGGUGGGGGCUCCACAUCUGUUCCACCCCCCCCAGCCCAGCCCCUCACAAGGCCACAUGUGUUCUCAUUCUGCGUCUGCUGUACACAAAUGAAGUCAAACGGAGUGAAUGUAGGCUGUCCACCAUGUUAGUUAGUGCCGUAUUCUCAUAUUAGUGCUCUGCAUUCAGCUCACUGAAUAUACCUUAGCCGACAUCUCGUCAAAUGUGUCCAAGGAAAGAAGAAUUAUUUGGUACCUGCCCUUUUUUUGUUUGUUUUUAGCCUUUUUAAUAAUCUCAUUGCCACCUUGCACCGGUCUGUUCUUUUAAUCUUGGGCUCAUCCUUUGCGCUUCCUCACAUAAUCCUGUGCCACACUUUUAUUUAAAGCCUUGUCCGUUUAUGAUGCACGGGCCAACAUGGACUUUUUAUGUUUAUCUACCGUCUGCCAUGUCUGUAUUGCCAAGAGAUGAGGCAAAUAGAACAGCAAAUUAUAAUGUAGUCCAGAUUGCCUUCUUUUAUUUCCUCCAACAACAAAAAAGGUUGUUUUCUGUUGAUUGAAUCAAUCUAUUUGUUGACACCUGACAAUCAUCACCCUCUUGUAUCAUAAUGCAGGCUGGUGUGGCUUGAAGUGUGCGUGCGUGCGCACAUGCGUGCGCUGUAGCUUUAGACCUUUGCCAGAGGGAACCUGGGCCACUUUGAAUUUGAGCUGCGAGAACUCGCUGUCUCUUCCAAGCCAGGACUUCCUCUCAGAUGUCAUGGGUACAGGGUUUCUGGCCAGCGCACCGUGUCACCUUUAGGUGGCACUGUAACAGCACACAGAGAGAAAGCUGAUUUCUGCCAGUGCUUAUGAGAUUAAAGGAGAUGAAAUUUGAUUUUUAACAGGAUGCACUUACUGCUUUUACACUGAGUUUGCAUUGAUUCAUGCGCUCUUUUUUUUUUUCUUUUUUAGGGUUUUUAAUUCUCCUUGAUUGCUCCCACACAUUAGUUUCUAGGGCCUUAUAGCUUCUCCUGACAUGGUCUGCCCCACUUUAAUUUUCAUUUUCAAAUUGGCCAUUGUCCAAAAUCUGUGUUAAGAUAUUUGCUAUUUAAAAACAUAUGGUUGAAAUCUAGAGAAGUAACAUUUGUGUUUACUGCCAGCCUUUUGAUACAGUACAUUUUUCAUAUCGAGCUUCUUCGGUUGUUCACAUACCACACGUGGCAGGUGCUUAGCAACAUGAAUCAUUCUUAUAAAUUGUCUUGCCAAUGAAACCACCAAGAAGUAUUUUUUUAGUAGCCCUGCAUGAAGCCAUUUAUUUCCUUUUUUAUAUGAAGGAAGGGGGUGGCAGAGUGCCAGUGGAAAUUGUGUUAAUAUCAAAAUGUGCCAUUUUAUUAUAACACUAUAUUCUUUCAAGACAAUUGAAAUUACCUUUUUAUUUUCUGUAGCAUGUAAUGUGUUAAUAUACUAGUAAAUAAAGUCAAAUCCAUGACAAAUGA